GUCGAGACCACCAGAGUAUGCGAGCAAAACCUUUCCCUUUUCACCAGCCAUUGCUGAAAUUAUGAGUUGAAAAUAAAAAAAAAAGAAGUGGGGGAAAAAACAAGAACCGAAGUAUAUCGCACACUUAAACCCGGUUCUGUCCGCCUAUUUGACCCGGUGAACUCGCGCGCCCGAACUUGUCAACCAUUCCGCUGAUUUGCGCGCGACUUAUAGAAAAGACUCGCAUUCAACUACUUUCUUGCAAACGAAACGCACCAUGACAAGAGUGCUGCUUAAAUAAUGAAACAACUUUCUCCACAGAAUAUCCAACAGUUUCGUGAUAGUGGCUAUACAAUUAUCCGACAUGCUUUAUCAACAGAGAAGGUCGAACUUUUGCAUGAGGAAGCGGAUACGCUGACAAACUUUAUACUAAACGAAGGCUAUGAUUUGACAGCUGUGCUUGGGUGUAUCAUAGAGCCUUUGACAUGCGGGUAUCUGGAUCCCGCCGAGUCGGAUGAGUACAAAACGGACAAACACGCAUACAUAGCACGACGUAAUUCGGUUUUGGAGAACAGUGCGGUGUCCUCCAUCGUCCUGGAAACGGUUGCCAGGUGGGCAGCAGUGUUGCUUGGCAAUCCCGAGCAAGUCUUCCUUAUGAACGAGCAAUUUAUUGUAAAACCGCCUCAUUCAGCUGGUGCUUCAGAAUUUGCAUGGCAUCAGGACUCGGAGUAUCUGGAUCCACGGUUGCAAAGUCAUUCAACAGUGGCAUGUUGGAUCGCACUUGAUCCAGUUGAUGAAGUCAACGGUACAAUCAUGGUGUCUGAUCUGAAGAAUCCAGCAGCAGAUCCUUUCGUGGUGAGAGUGCCUGCUGGUAGCAUCGUCUUCAUGUCGAAUAAGUUACGGCACAAGAGCACUGGAAAUGCCGGUCGUCUUUUUCGUCGUGUAUUUAUGCCGCAAUAUUCGCUUAACCCACUACUGUCACUAGAAGAUGAUGGUGAUGCCAAGGCGAUUGGUCUGGCAAUCAAGUGUACAUUUUGAAUUACUCCCUCUGUAUUCUGCAAGCAAUCAUAUCACAAUUAAAGGUUUCAUGUGCUGCUGUUGUACCCAGAAAGAGCUCACGUGAGCGCCGCGUGCGUGGCAACAACAACGAGGCACCAGACGAGAAAGGAGAAAAGGUGUUAAAAGCUGCGCAUGCCGAGCUCUGACGAACCUCAUGGAAAGCUGUUAUGGCAGUAGCAUCAAUUGUCGAUGGAUACCUGGUGAUUGAUAAUACAGCUGUUUCGGCAAGGAUAUGCUUUUUCCCGUGAUUGUCUUCAGUAGAUUUUCUAUUUUGCUUCUAGAGAGAAAUGCUUGAGCUUAUAAAGAAACCUGCUUGGAAUCUUUCAGAAGAAGUGGUA